CACAAGAGAGUCACUGACCCAUCACUGUCUGAUGGCGUACCGCUAGAGUAUAAGAACCCUCCCCCAAUGAGCGCAUCUUCCAUAAUUGGCGUCCGACAAGCGAGUCACACGAAGCGCGGGAAGAUAACUCCUACAAGUUGUCCGCAUCACGGCACCAACAAUCAAGCAAAAAAGUUCACCUGACUCUCGGGACGGUCAUCUCCGUGGAUUGGUCGAGGUAUGAUAUUUCCCCAAUUACAUUUCUCCAACCAACACCACUCUUUGUUUGGAGAGAGAGAGAGGAGAGAGACAGAGGAGAGGGAUUUUCUUUUCGCGGGUAAGCUUAUAGUGAAAUAUUAUGUGGAGUUGAGCCACUGCUAAGAUUUUCGAUUUGCUUGGGCGGCACACUUGAAUAGCUGAAGGGUAAUCCUCUGAAUGUUGUGCACACGUCUUGGGAACCAGCUUCAGAUCUUCAAUAAACUGACCAUCGUCUGAUCACAUGUGUGGCACAAGGAAUAAGUGAGUAAAUUGCAAAAGUCGGAGCGUUCGUCUUCUUACCGAAUCCUGGGAGUAUUUUGUCGUUAACGGGAAAAGAUAAUCGUCAACAGCCAAAGGUGUGAACCAAAGCGAGAAGAACAUCGGUCGCGAUCAAAGCAAACUGUCAUCACGAUGUAUGACCCUGUCGUCGACAAAACAACGAAUAUGACCCAUAUCUACAGCGACUUCAGUAACCCAAGCACGCACGUUCAGGAUCACUAUGACUAUUCGGACGAUUCAGCAUCUAGCGAUGACAGCGAGCUCUUCCCAAGGGUCCACACCGCGGCCAAAGCAGCACUGGGUUUGAGCUACACACUCAUGAUACCCGUUUGCGGGAUCGGGAAUUUGCUCCUUUGUUGCGUCAUCUACCGCUUCCGACGCAUGCGCACGACGACCAACCUCCUCAUCGGGAAUCUCGCGUUGUCGGAUUUCAUAGUGGCGGCGGUCGUGGCACCCUUUAACUUCUUCUACUACCUACACCAGACGUGGCCAUUCGGCGAGGCAAUGUGCGUGACAGUCGGCUACUUGAAAGCUACAUCGUUCUAUGUAUCGAUCAAUUCACUACUGGCUAUCGCUAUCGACAGAUAUAUCAUCAUAAUGCAUCCUCUAAAGCCGAGAAUGACGACCUACACGGCAUGUUUUGUCCUUUGUUUUAUCUGGAUCCUGUCUCUUACAAUCGUCAUUCCCACAGCCCUUUAUUCUGGAACCCACAAUUACUAUUUCAACAUCGGCGGCGACAACAUCCACAUCACGCAGUGCAGCGAGCGCUGGCCAAACAGCAAGGCGAUGAAAGCCUACACCCUUGUCCUAGUCUUUGGUGAGUUCCUUCUGCCGCUUACAAUCAUGUCGGUAUCGUACUUCCUGAUCGCUCGGAAGCUCUGGUUCCGUCACGUUCCCGGUGGGCAUGCCACUGAGCAACAAGAAAUGGCUGCUGAAUCAUCCAAACGGCGUACCAUCCGCCUUCUGAUCAUCGUUGUGGCGCUUUUCGCGUUUUGCUGGGCACCUUAUCACAUGUUCGCCAUCUUGCGUGAUAUCGUCUUCCCCAGCUACCAGGAUUCACACAUGAGCCUGUUCCUCACCGUCUUUUACUUGGUAGAGGCCUUGGCCAUGAGUAACAGUAUGUUCAACACCCUUAUCUAUGUGGUAUUCAACGCUAACGUCCGCAAGUACGUCCUGCAGAUCCCCGAUUCGUGUCGACGCCUCAAACCAAGCGACAAAGCGACGGUACGUUAUUGGCAUCCGCUGGCGACACGUACAAGUUCCCACUGCAUGCGAAGUUCGGUGAGGUCGAGUCAACUCCGCACCAACACUACUACUAUUUCCACUCGGCUCACCAUUAACCUGAACCGACCUUGUUCAUCAGGUCCUCAGAGUGCUGCAGUGCAUGAUCUUAAAUGCUGAUGGUGUUCCGACCGACGUCAGCAUGUUCGUCAGGUCAUCAGAGUGAUACUGUCGAAUGUUGAUAGAUUUAAGUCUGGUCAGCAUUGGCUAAAAGAAUUGCUCCAGAGGAAUGGGUGAAUUUGAUGUCAAGUCUCACUCUCUGCCAGUCAUCCGUGACUCACCCACACUUUCACAUCGGCGAUAAAGAGUAGCACAUGUUAAGAAUCACAUGUAGGAGAUCGAGAAUAUAUCUGACACCAAACACUGAUACCUGAUACCGCGUCGUUUACCAGCGAAAAUCGGAAAAAUACCACGUUGCAAGUUCAGGAAAUUACAAAAAAAUUAAUCAGUACAUAACAAAAUAGUGUUCUGAUACAAAAAGAUAUCCACAUUUAAACACAUGGACAUUACACUUGUGUUCGAAUGAAGUAAUGUCCUGAUGUCGUCAUGAAAAAUGCCUCCAUUCGCAAAUAUGGAAUUGUGUUACCCAAUCCGAUUAUUAUUCUGAUUACAAUGUAUUUUGAUGUUCUUUGCAAUCAUCCAAUAACGCUAAGGACCUAAAUAUCGAUUUAUAGGAAAUUGAUCGUUGGUUAAAGAACAUAAAGACGAAUAAAAAUAGAACUCAAUGUGCUCAAUGAUAAUCAAAGGAAUGAUUUGAAUAUGAAGAAUUAAAAAGGAGAAAAAAAUAAAUGAUUCAUCGGUAUAUUUCAUUAUAGCUAAAUGUAUAACAGUAAUUCGAUUAUGAGAAGUAAUGUUUAUUUGAUUGGCAAAGCCUUUAGAGAGAAUUUGAAUGUGAUAGGGUGCACCUUGCAGAUGGCUUAGCAUAUUAAUGAUAUUGUUCAAUAUUCAAAGUAUGUUCUUGGAACUAUACCUUCACAUUUAAGACGCCAUUGUUAUCACAUCCACCAAUAUCAUCUCAGCUGAAUUUUCUUUGUUUUGUUAAAACGUUUUUUUUCUAUUUACAACAGUGCUGUGCAUCGUGUUAUCGAAAGUAUGUUCCUUUAACAUGUGGCUUAUUGUGCGAUUAAUUUGUUGUGUAGGACACCCGAAAAUUAAUGUCUACUGAAAGUAACAAGAACCGUGCAAUUAAUAUCUUGAAUGCACUUGUACAUUUUGUCUGGUACAUUUCUUCACAGGACAUUUAUAUACAAUCUCACUGUAAAAAUAGUGCUCGUAUACAUAUUAACAAUAUGUAAUGAAAUAUGUGCUCUUGACUGUUAUGUACAUUGGACACUAUCAACAUCUUUACGUCAUCCAUGCUUUUGAUGUCAUUGUCUUGUGACACAACACUUUCAUUUGUUUUUGCGUAUUCAAACCGUUUUAGGGAAUCACAAGAAGAUUUAGGGGGUGGGGUUGAUAAUUAGUAUGAAAAUACCCAUGUAGCAUUUAGUUCUCCUAAUCACAGAAUCCCUGAAGGACGAGUGCUUUCUCCGUCUUCCUGCACGCGGGGAAUGAGAGUAACUGGAUACUCUUACCCCCGGCGACAUGGCCACUCCGAAAGGGUUCAAGCUCUAUCCGGGUUUUACUCGGUCCAAGAUUUGCCACCUCAGGCACUCCUCUGAUACAUUACCAGCGCACAGAUUAAAAAAUAAUCACCGUCUUAGCCUAACCCAUCAUUUGUACAUUGUUGGUUGGGGAUAAACAGUAAUAUAUCCAGCAUAGCUGGGGAUAUUUGUUUUUGAUGGAACAGUGCCUUCAAGGCAGAUCUUCAAGCCUUUGGCUUCUUUGCUUGGCAAUACCGUAAUGGCUGCAGUCGUAUCAUUUAGUCCUUAUCUCCUAAAGGUAUGUACAAGCUCGCUCGUCGAUACUCGAACUAGGUCCUUUCAUUUUCCGCUCAUUGAUUCAAUUCUUAUGUUUGUUGGUAUUGAUCAUUUCCUCGGUGUCUCUUUUCAGAUCAUAAAGUUACCGCUUGAUAAUGAAUUUCAAUGCACAGCGGCUCUUCGCACACCAUACACCUGUAUUUAUUCACCGAACACACCACACGGUGUCAAAAAAAAGAAUAGUAACGUGCGUAGCAUGGUAAGGACGUUCUCGUCCAAUGGAAAAGUAUCGAUCAAUUAUGACAUUAGUCAUUCAUAAGGAUUCAAUUCCCCCUCAACAUGCUCGAAGAUAUUGGAUAGUACUAUGCCUAUGCAAAUGAGACGUUUCUAACCUCAGCAAGAUAUUGUAAGCCAGAUUUUAAACAGUUUAAAGUUCAAUCCUUGAGAGUAUAAGACGUCGUGAUAUAGCCAUUCUAUCUUGUAUUUUUUUGUUUAAUCUUGUAAUGUUUUAUAUUCAUCUUGUAAUUCAAUUUUCAUUUCUAUGACGGAGGUGAUUAAAAUGUAUUUCCAUCUUGGGACAUCUAUAGCAGCCAUGGUUCCCAAGAUUACUCGAAGCUGUGGAAUAGGUAACUGUAUUACUAGCUUACCCGCAGGCUAAUCAGAAAAGGCGCUGUUCAGAGUUUGUGGUGGAUGGCGGGAAAUUUAGCCUGCUGGCAGAAUUUAACGGAUCGCACGACUUGCCGGAGCAGUCUGUGAAAUAACAGAAGACCAUUUGAUGGUGUCUGCAAUCAUAAAAGUGGCAUGGAACAGAGUUGGUUUUUAAAGAUUUCGAUUUUAAAAUUUUUAUACGACGAGGGGAGCGUUUCAUGAGGAACUUGUUGGUUUUUUUUAUCCGGCAAGGUCUGUUUUAUCCGACAGUUACCAGAGUAACAAAAGGACACCUGUAUGCCUCUCAGUAAAUUAAAAUCAAGAAAAAUUGUCAAAUCGGACAACCGCAUGUCUGUUAAACAAUGCAAAGCAUUCAAAUAUAACAAAACAAACAGAAUAUACAAUGUAUUAUGACUAAAACAUAAUCCAAAUUAUUUGUAAAGCCAUCAACAUAAAGGAAAAUACAGAAACAUACUCAAAUAAAAGUAACUUAAUUGGAAAUAAGUCAUAUCAACAUAAAAGAAAAAAAACAAUGUUAAUUUUUUAUACGAGAAAGAAAGAAGUGAAGGGUUUUAUCAAUUUUGUUGAUUUUAUGCGGGCUAAAAGAUUUAGUGUCCAUUUUUCUCAACUAGAAAGUGUUUAUUGUAAAAGAAAUAAUUACACUCCCAGAAGAUAUCAAAUGAAAACUUCAUCAUUUCAUCGGGAGCUUCAUAUGUCUGUUAUUCGCAAAGUCGAGCGUAAAUUUACGUAUAGGUUCACGAAACGACACCCAGCUGAGAUAUGCGAUAUUGGUAUGCUAUGCUAGAAUUUGGGGGAAGGAUAUUAUUAAUAUUGCAUGGCGCCAAUAUUGUCUUUCUGCAGAAUGGGAUUAAGCCUAAAUUGCUCCGAAAUAUUGGAUUUUUUAUUUUGUAUGUGUGCAAUAUUUUUUUCACAUAAGUAUAGUUUCAUUUCAAAUUUUGAUCGAAUACAAACACGCCUUAUCUAUGUAAUCUGUAAUUUUGAUUUCGUUUGAAGAUAUAAAAAAUAUAAUAACUCCGCUGGUUGUGUAGUGACUGAUUAUGAUCGUAUUUUAUUCAUGAUUCUAACAAAGAUUCUUUGAUCAUGGAUAUCACACAUUUUGACAUUAUUUUGUGAAUAGUCAGUGGUAUGGAUUACAAGAUUUAUUUUUUCUACCAGUGACCGUUAAAAGAUGAUGGUCUAAAUUAUUAUCCCGACCAGAAUGACUAAAAGUAUAUUGGUUACCAUGCCAACCUUAUUGCCCUCACACUUUUAUGGUUUCAAUGCUAAAGAUACUCAUAAUUAUGUGCAAUAUGUUGUGUUAAACGCUGACAUUAUUAUUUUUCAACUCGUAUCACGAGGACAAUAAGCUCUUUGUCAUGUAUAAUACGCACGACACUUAUUCUAUACUGUUUUGUAUAUGUUGCUGACACUACUAUUACUACUAAUACUACUACUACUACUACUACUACUACUACUACUACUACUUGCACCUCUCCAACAACAUCAACAACAACAAUAACAACAGAAACAGCUUUAAUGACUACUUCCACGAUUAGAAGUAACAGUACAAGUACCUCUGGCGGCAGUGGAUCCUGUGUAAAUGACCCUUGGAUGAACCAAAGCCUUCUUUUUUCUGUAAUUUCUUUGUCACUAUGGAGUACGUCAACGACAAAAUAGAAAGAAAUACUAAUUCUACAAAUAUAUUCGAAUCUUUCUCGCCGUCACCAAUGGUAAUUAUUACUGGCACACUUCCAUUACAGCCACUGGCACCAACAUAAAUACUACUACUACUACUACUACUACUACUACUACUACUACUACUACUACUACUACUACUACU